GGGAGCUACCCCAUGGGGACACUCCUGGUAUGGAAUGCACAUUGGCACGACUUUGCUCCUCCUUAUCUCUCCACACUUAAGCCCUAUAAGCUUUGCCCAUCAGGGUCCACCACCCUCAGCCGGAGCUCGGUGGAAGCGCAUCUGCUUUGAAUGCGGGAGGUCCCAGGUUCACUCCCUCGCAGUGGGGAAAGGCUCCCUGCCUGGAUCCUUGGGCAAGAAAAACAACAACAAGAGAGUCCAGAAUCACUGGGUCCGGAUCGCUCCGAAUCGCUGCCUCCGAAUCGGGCCGAGUGCGCCAGGCCAACAAUCUUUCCGCCUCUCCAGCAGCCGCCUGGCGGGAGUGGCCUGCCGCCUACGACUCCGAAGGCGAGGGAGGCUCGUCUCACAAGGAGAGGCAGAGAGAUGUCACAAGGCUCCGGGCAGCAUCUCACAUGCCUCGGCAAGUGCCAUGUUUCUGGAGGAAGUCCCUCCUCUGACGCACCGGCGCCACCUGUCUCUUUAUACCCGGUGGCAUCUGUUGGCAUUUUUGGGACUGCCAAAUCAAGAAUAUCACAGUGAAAUUAAUCACUGCGUGAAGAGCUGCAGUCUGGGGGCCUACUGGUAUUCUCGUGAAUUUUGUGGCGAGGGCAAGCCCCACUUGCUCAGCAAUGCAAGGAAUGUCAGACACGGGGCGCGUGACCGUUGCCUUCCUUAUACGGCACGUCUAAACAUCUCGGCUUCGGAAAACAGCCACCCGCGGCUCCAUCGAACCUGUUCGGGAUCCUCGUCCAGAGGGCCGUAUUUCUCAAAGUGUCGUCCGACGUAA